AUGAUACGGAAUACAAAGACGACUCUUACAGAAGUCAUUGCAUGCGGACUGUUAGAUGAUUGGCGUCGUCGUGUAUCAGUAUUCAAUAAUAAUGUUAAAGAUGUAUCUCGUUUACUUCAAAAAUUAGUAUCUAUAAAUAAUCGUGCUUUACUUUAUGAUAUUUAUAAUUAUAUUAAUGAUAUUAAUUCAACAUUUGUUCUUUGUUCAAAAUAUCUUUAUUGGAUUGAUGAUCAUCAAAAACGUUCAUCAGUAUUUAUGUCAGGUGAUGAAGAACCAUGGUCAAGACGAGGUGGUCUUGCUGGAGAUUUUCUUGAUUUAUUACCAAUAGGUGAUUUUCAAUCUUUAAUUUAA